AUGGCGGCGCCCAAAAUCACAUUGACUUACUUCAACAUUGAGGCUGCAGCCGAGAAGGUCCGUUUGGCUUUGGUGAUGACCGGGACCCCUUUCGAAGACAAGCGCAUCAAUUUCGAGGAGUGGGGUGCUUUGAAACCCACCACGCCCUAUGGUCAGCUGCCCCUGAUGACUGUGACGAAUGCAGAUGGCUCCACCAAGACCUUCGCACAGAGUGUGGCGAUGAUGCGAUGGGUGGCGCGAAAGUUUGAUGCCACCAACACGCUGUACCCUGCCGACCCUGACAUCAUGCUGGAGAUUGAGGAGAUCAUUGGCCUGUCAGAUGAUAUGGCGAAAGCCUGGCAGCCGGCGUUGUACAUGGGCAUGGGUCGCCACACCUCCUAUGGGCAUCCUGCUGAGUGGUCUAAGAAGGCGGAGUGUGUGAAGAAGCUCAGAGAGGACUUUGUUCAGGAGUCCCUGCCCAAAUUUAUGGAGUUCUUCACGAGGAAAUUGCAGGCGACUGUUGCGUUCUUUUGUGGAGACAAACCCACCAUUGCUGACCUGCAAAUCUUGGCUCAACUGCGCUAUUUUACCAAGGGCGUGGCUGAUCAUGUGCCGGCAGAUUGCUUGUCGCCAUUUCCUGUUAUCAUGGAUUGGAUGAAGAAGAUGUACCAAAUCCCGCAGAUCAAAGCUUGGUACAAGCUGGGGGAUGGCUACAUCAAGGGCAACGACUUUCCCCUGCCGCUCUGGUGGAGGUUGGGCUGUCAACCCUUGUUUGUGGAUGAUCCGAGUCCGGCAGAGAACACUGUGGAUCGCGGGGCGCAGUUGAGCAAGGACGACGAGGACGACGAGGACGACGAGGACGACGAGGAGGACGAGGAGGAGGAGGAGAGGAGGACGAGGCAGGAGGAGGCGGAGGAGGAGGAGAAGGAGGAGGAGGAGAAGGAGGAGAAGGAGGAGGAGGUUGUCUCUGCCAUGGCAACAGUCAACACCAGGGAGAGGCUGGCUCCCAUUCUGGACCUGGUGCGUGUCACGCCGGCGGUCAUGCGCGGUCUAUCCUUGGCCUUUUCAGUGAUUGCCAGGCUGUGUGCUGUGGAGGCAAGUGAAGAGGAGCCAUCGGAGACAUGUUCAAAAGCCCUUGGCUUCAAUGAAUCUUCAGGCCCCAAAGAUCGAAGUUUCCAGGACUUGACUUUCUGCGAUGAGCAUCAUGAGAGAACGUGCUGUGAGCGGAAUCAUACCAAACAGGUUCGGAGUCUUUUUGCCGGUUUCUCACACGAGAGAUCCGGCAGAUGUGCCCAGAUGGCUAGGUUGGCAUUUUGCUCAGUGUGUGAUGGCGAUGUAGGGACUGGCAGUAAGGCCCAGGAGAAUCUGGUGAUCCUUUGCCCCUCCUUUUGCCGCUUGUGGUUCGAGUCCUGUGCUGAGGACUUCUUCGCCCCAGGCACAGCGGGCGCAGGCUCAGUGGCGCCUUGCGGGCCCAGUGCCCUGGUGUGUAGCCCCUUGAGUGAAAUCACCAAGGACCCUGCAAUCUUCUGCCAGGGCGCUGGCUUCCAAGUGGCUGAACUUGAGGAUGGCGAUGAGCCCUGCUAUGAUGGAGUUCCAGCCAGCAAGAUGAGAGGGAAAGCUCCCAGGGCCCCCUGGUCACCACCCAAGCGCAAAGAGCCAACGAUUUGGAGUAGAGCCAUGGAUGCUUGGAGAAGGGGAAGCAGAGGAUUCAUCAAUUUUCUUGAGGAUAAUGCUCCUGGCUUUGCCAUUGCCAUUGUCGCUGCCACAGUGGCGUGGAAUCUCGCUGUUCGAUCAUUGGCAGUGGCUGCUGUGAAGGAAGCAUCCCUUCGCGGAGGUCUUCAGCCCUUCGAGCUGGCGCAUUUGGCCUUUGGCGCAGCUCUGUGCAGCUUGCUGGACCAACCGAUGGCAAGCACUGUGGAAGUUCUUCAAGCGGCCUUCCAAUCUCCCUGGGCAGCUCUACCAGCUGCGCUGGCAGAGCGAUCACAGGUUCACAUUGCACAGCUCACAGCCUGCUCUUUGGGCCCAGCUCAAAGGAUCCUCCGCAAUGCGGCCAUAGGCCACAAGGGCCCUGGUGGCAUGGCCAUAGUGACCCGCUGUGUGCUGGUCCAACUUAGUCUCCUCGCACUCUGCGUUUUGCUGCGGAACUUUCGCUCCGCAACUCCUCCCCCGAGGGUGGAGCUGAGCUGCGGCACCCUCCAUGGCACCUGGUCUUCUGGCGUGGCCGCUUUCCGGGGCAUCCGCUGCGGCGAGGCGCCUCUAGGGCGCCGACGCUGGCGCCCGGCCGCAGCAGCGUGUAGCGGUGGCAUGGCCACGAUGGAUGGCGAGAGAUGCAUGCAAGGGGGUGGGCUCAAUGAAUCUGAGGACUGCUUGAAUCUAAACGUCUUUGUUCCGUCGAAGUAUUUGGAUGGCACUGCCAGACUUCCAGUGAUCGUGUGGAUUCACGGUGGUUCGAAUAUCGAGGGCUCCGUGGAAUUCUACGGUCCCAUUGAGAGCAUCGUUCAGAAGCGCGACUGCGUUUUGGUGGCCAUGAAUUAUCGGCUGGGCAUAUUUGGCUAUUUGGCCUUGAGAGAAUUGGCAGAGGUUGACCCACGAGGAAGCAGCGGAAAUCUGGGCAUCACUGAUCAGCAGCUCGCACUGCACUGGGUGCAGCAGAACAUUUUGGCGUUCGGUGGAGAUCCCAAGCAUGUGACCUUGCUGGGGCAGAGCUCGGGUGGAUCCAACAUUCACGCGCACCUCGCCUCACCAUCUAGCCGCGGUCUGUUCCAUCGCGCCAUCUCUUUGUCAGGAUCACCCAACAUCACCAUGGAUCGAAAGACCAAAGAGGAUCAGGACCGACGCUUGAUUCUUCCAGAGACUCCCUGCGCUGGGAUGUUUGGAGAGACAUUGUUGGAUUGUUUAUACACUGCUGAUGCGCACACUUUGGACAAAGCCUUGCCAAGUUCUUACAAAAUCUUCGAACCUCUCUACGACUAUCCCAACACCAGCCAGGGCAUUGCCUCCCGUGCCAGUGCUUUGCUUUACGUGGACGGUGUCACGGUGAGUGCACCGCCAGAGGAGGCGCUGCGCCAAGGGAUCAAUGAUGUGCCACUUUUGCUGUCGAGCACGCAAGCUGAAAUGGGCUGUGCUCCCGCACUGCAACUAGCAAACCUCACUCAGCAGGGCUUGAGAGAUUUCUACCAGCAACAGUUUGCGCCUGAGUAUGGAGAAGACGCUGCGAACAUGGUUUACGACCUCUAUGGCCACUAUCAGCCCCCGGAGUACGCCGCCUACGCCGUGGACGCCGACACGGCUGUGGCCUGCGGGCUGCGGCGCUUGGCGCGCGCGGCAGGCGAAAACUUCAGAUCUCCCGUGUAUUGGGGAACAGUAACAGCAGCACCCAGCAGAGAUCUCAAGGGACAGCGGUUUGCGUACCACAACUGGGAUUUCACUGCAGCUGCAGAAGUCUUCACUCACUAUGACAAGCAUUACCAAGCAUCACAGAAGGACCUCCCUUUGGGUGCUCGCUUGCGGGCGGAUUGGUUCAACUUCAUUUUGCACGGAGAGAUCUUGGACUGGAAAAAGGUGCAAGAUUCCGAGCCUGGACAAGUGAUCGGCGUAGUGCUGGGAGAGAACGGAACCCAGUGGUACCCUGAUCACAAAGCGUUGGAGUGCGGCUUUUGGAACUCCAUUGGAGUUGAUCAACGCUGGUGGUGGAUCAAUUGA